GGUUUCGGCUUCAGCCUGCGUUUAUCCCGGCUGUUUGAGAAAAUGUUAUGUUGACGCCAACGGUGUCAAACAUCCUUAUUGCGGGAAAACAUGUGCUCGUGCUGCCGCGAGUCUUGCAUCACUCGUUCCCAAAUGCGCACGAAGUGAUUGUAAUAAACCGGUUAGUGUUGACACGCAGGGAAUCACUUAUUCUUAUUGCAGUAAGGAUUGUGCGAAAAUUGGAUUCAAAAAAGUUGGACCCAAUUGCUCCCGCAAAGGAUGCACUCAAAAAGCAUAUAGGGAUCCAAUGAAUGGGAAGAUGUUUCAUGCUUUUUGUUCUAAAGAGUGUUACUGGCAGGAUUGCGCAAGGCUUGUUCAUACGAGAUUAACGGUUUUGACUGAGAAUGAUAUUGAUUAUCAAUACAUAUUCAAGAAAUUUACUGGCGAUAUGAUAAAUGCUUCUAUAAAAGCCAUUAUCAGAAUCCAGAUGCCACAGUCAAAGAUUGAUAGGCACUUGAAAUUGAAAGCGAAAAAUUCUGCAACCAUCACUCUAGAAAUGUAUCAUGGGACAUAUUCUGCUUGCGAUCCGAUGAAAAUAGUCGCCAAGAAAACACCAUGCUGUAGCAACGCAUGUGGUCUGUGUGGAAUUAUACGAGAGGGUAACCGGAGCAUAUAUUCAAAAUAUAAUGGAUCGAUGUGGUUUGCUGACAAUCCUUCGGUUUCUUUGGGUUAUUGCCGCUCCACAUGUGGCAACACCGAUGCUAUUUUCAUUAUUGAUGUUCUCGCAAAUGGGCCUUCCAGUAUUUAUAUAGCUCAAGAAGAUGAUGCUACCUUACCCAGAUUCUUGGUGCUUUUAGGAAGAAAAUACUUUUAA